AUUGGCACAGUCAGUAAAUUCGAAUAGUGCCGAGCGUUAGGUGGAUCCUCGGGAGGGCAUAUGGCCAGGAUAACUAUGAAUAUUCUUCUGGCCUAUCGGAGUUCAACACCAAGUCAUCGCGUUGCACCUGUGUGGGCUCGCCUGCUAGCCCCUAUCAAUUCUUUCGAUUUUUCCAUCCAGGCAAUACGUGUACUAGAAACUCUUGCAGUUUCUUAAUAUGACUUCUCCCUUCACAUUGGAGAAUUAUAUGCUCAUGGGAAAACUGCCACUGAAUACCGGCAAAGUGCGAGCAAGGCGACCGGUUUUUCCUCCGACGGCUCACACAUCUUUAUGUUCCUGGCUCGACGCCGAGUAAUAUUACUUGUGAAGGUUCGGUUCUCUCAUUGAGCUCGGUGAUUUGCCUUUACGUUUUGCGACGCUUGAGAUAUGGAAAUUCUUUCGUCGAAUUCAAGGCAUUUGUAUGUCACCGAUCUUGAGCCGCAAUUCUGCGAAGCUAAGCCCGGGCUUCUUGAUCAAGGUAGAACUGAAACCGAAAGCUCUUCUUGAGGAUUCAUGGUACGGAUUUCCAUUACUCGACGUUGCCUGUGAAUUCUGGGGAUCUCAGCAGACAUUUCGCAACCUGCCGCUUGCCUUCUAGCCAUGUCGACUCGUUUACCUUCCAAAUUUGGCCUUCCUUUGAUCGACGAAAUUUCUUUCUUUGGUGAUGCUAACGAAUGGAAGGUUAGGUCCAGACUGCAAGUGACCCCAUCCCUGUUUUCUGUUAUCUGGGCUUCUUCCUUACGAUCCGACACCAUCGACAUCGAUAUCGCAGCGGUGAUGUCGAAUGCGCCGCUGCAUUCGCCUUGCUCUGGUUGGAGGAAGGGUCAGUGAAGUGUGACCACCGUUAGAUCGCGAUCGAUCAAGAUCCGCCGAGAGCAGUAUAAGACCCAGCCUAGUCUGAUUAUCUUCAACCUACACCCCAUCCUCUCUUCAUCUUCGCCCUUCAUUCGUGUCAAACUGUGGAUAUCAAGGCGACAUGGGAGUAACGAUUGAGACAAUCGCACCUGGUGACGGCAAGAAUUUCCCCAAGAAAGGAGACACCGUAACAAUUCACUACAUCGGGACACUGGAAGAUGGCACCAAGUUUGAUUCGAGCGUAGAUCGUCAAAAACCGUUCCAAACGGAGAUCGGCAUCGGUAAGGUAAUAAAGGGCUGGGAUGAGGGCGUCCCACAAUUAUCACUUCAACAGAAGGCGAUUUUGACGUGUACUCCUGAUUACGCAUAUGGUUCUCGCGGUUUCCCCCCGAUAAUUCCGCCAAAUUCUACUCUGAAAUUUGAGGUGCAGCUGUUGAGUAUUAACUGAGACGAAGCAGCUGUUCAUUGGAUGCGGCGGUGAUUAGAGUUGAUACGCAUUCCCCAUUCUGUUCCUCUCUUCACACUUGACGUCACUUCUUGUGCUGCUUGAGCAGCAGCUUCAUCACGGCAUCCUCUUAUGUUCUUGUAGCAUUUUAUGUACUUAUCAUUUACUGGCACUUGCGAGAGACGAAGUAUACUCGAACAGACUCGUAUGUAGGUAGGCAGGCAGAUUUUACUGUGGACUUUGGCAUUCCUCUUGUGGCCUUGGGUGAGGCGUUAGGUUACUAGCCCUAGUUGUCGUUACUAUCCAUCGAUUCACUUCAAGUUCUACAUGCGGUUGCAGCCUUGAUGCACUUUCUUUCCGA